AUGGGAAGAAUCAUGCUUGUCUGCCUCGUAGGCAGUAUCACGGCCUUUUCCAUUCUCGCUGAUCUUGCUAUCUCCAUUACUUCCUACAUGCUUCAAGAGAGCCCAUCAAACGAACCCAACUCUACCAAAUGGAGCAGCGUAUCUCUCUCAGCCGUCAAUUUCAUACUUGUUGGUCUUCUGUCCUACCGAUUAUACCUUGAGAGCGAACCUCAAGCGACGGAAUGGGUCCUGUGGAAAAUCCGAGCUCGCGCUCUCUUCAGUCUCAUCAUCUUUAUCAAUAUCGGCGUCAUCAGCGGUGAGAGGGUGCAACACCUGUACUCCAGCAGUCCAAAUAGUUCAUCCAGCAGCGUUUGGCUCUCUCUGAACAUAGCCCAUGCCGUCGUAUGGACGAUCUCAGCAUACUGUCAAGGAUUCCUCUGCGCCCUCUCGUUCGUCCUCUCCAACAUCCUCGACAACCAAUCCGGUCGAGUGUCCAAUUUACCCAUUAAUAUCGGCCGCACAGCCGAAUCAGUCUUUUCAACGACCAACCUCAUCUCACCCCAAAGUCCACAGUGGAGGAAUUCCCUCCUAUCACCCGUCCCCUCCUUCCUCGAACCCUUACCAUCCCCUCAGAGCGAGAUGAGUGUCAGAACAAGCAUCCUCCGCUCCCCGCUCCCAAACUACUACACCUGCAAAGACCCCGAACCACUACUCCUGCAGACACGCACCAGGGAAAAGUCGCUCCAAUCGACUCCUUCCAUCGACACCGUCAUUCGGUGUCCUGAAUCCAAGGAGGAAAGCGGCAUCACGCCGGCUCCCACCCCGACCGCUCGCGAGUCCCUCCUCGAGGCUAUUGAGAAGAACAUCCACCCACUCUUCAGACCUAGCACGCCGCAUCUUUCUCCAAUGCCGAAUAUGUCCACUUCGAUUAUUGCUCCGUUGGAAGGGCGUGACCAGACCGUGUCCUUACCACGCCAGAGGGAAGUCGUCGAUCCGCAGCUGUCGUCUGAAACAGCACAGCCUAUACUACCAUUUUACGUUCUCAAUGCGACGGCGAGGAAAAGCCUUGCGCGGUAUGAAGAUAGUAAAGUUUAG